AUGUCCUCCGCACCAGCGCUACCGACCCGCCAACUGGGUAGAGAUGGGCCUCAAGUGACCGCGCUCGGCAUUGGUCUCAUGGGCCUCUCCGCCUUCUACGGCAGCACCGAGUCCGACGAAGAGCGCCUCAAGUUCCUCGACUAUGUCUAUGCAUCUGGUCAGAGAUUCUGGGAUACCGCGGAUAUGUAUGGAGACAAUGAAGAUCUGGUCGGGAAGUGGUUCCAAACCAGGGGCAAACGCGACGAGAUCUUCCUCGCCACCAAAUUCGCAAACUACACCCACCCGGACGGCACUCGAACCGUGCGCAAUGAACCGUCCUACAUUCGCGAAGCUUGCGAUCUCUCACUCUCCCGCCUCGGCACCGACCACAUCGACCUCUACUACUGCCACCGCGUCGACCCGAAACAGCCCAUCGAAAUCACCGUCGAGACCAUGGUCGAGCUCAAGAAGGCCGGCAAGAUCCAGCACCUCGGCCUGAGCGAGGUCUCGGCCGAGACGCUGCGGCGCGCAUGCAAAGUCCACCACAUCGCCGCCGUGCAGAUCGAGUAUUCGCCCUUCACCAUGGACAUCGAGGACCCCAAGAUCGGCCUCCUGGACGCCUGCCGCGACCUCGGCGUCGCCACCGUCGCCUACAGCCCGCUCGGCCGCGGCUUCCUCACCGGCCGCUACCGCAGCCCGGACGACUUCGAGGAGGGCGAUUUCCGCCGCUUCGCGCCCCGCUUCAGCCCGGAGAACUUCCCCAAGAACCUCGAGCUCGUCGACGCCAUCGCCCAGCUGGCGGAGAAGAAAGGCUGUACCAGCGGCCAGUUGGUCCUGGCUUUCCUGAUGGCGCAGGGUGCCGACAUCAUUCCCAUCCCCGGCACGACCAAGUAUAAGAAUUACGAUGAGAAUAUGGCGAGUCUGAAGAUUGAGGUUUCCGACGAGGAGGACCGCGAGAUCAGGAAGGCGAUUGAGAAUGCCACGGUGCUGGGAGGUCGCUAUCCGCCGGGCUUUGCUGCCAUGCUGUUUGCAGAUAGCGCGCCGUUGGAGGAGGGGAAGGGGAAGAGUGGUAACUUGUAG